GUAAUAGAGAAAGCAAUGAUUUAUAUUGGGAAGAAUAAGGUUUGAUAAUAAAUUGUAAAUUUUUCAGUGAGUAAUCAUGAUUAUUCAUAAUUCAUGUCGAUUUACAAACCUUUCUGUGUUCAUCUCAUGCAAUCUUCAUCAGUCUUCCUCCGCAUCUUUUUUCAGCAUCUUAUUCACCACUCACUUACUUUCUCCCACCCUAGUUUACCUCAUCAUCUUCAUCAUCCUCAACAUCUUCCUCUAAAAAUCCUUGGCAGACAAAAAUAAGUUAAUCGCAUUGGAAAUGUAUCAUCAUUUCAACCAAAUUGUACUAAGCUUGUGUUUCCCUUUGUUUUUAUACUUUAUUUGAAAGACUUGAUUCCCAACAAUGUUCAACUCUGUGUUUAACUGUUUAAUUGUUGCGAGCUUAAUUACUUUACUGAUUCCUCUUGCUGCUGCUUUUCAAGUGUUAGUCUAUGCGCCUUCAGCCGUUGAAAGAGGUUCUCAGGCCACUCUCAUUUGUAUCUCUGAUUUGUACACGGAAAAUAUUUACAAAGUAACCUGGAAAAAGGAUGAUUCAAAAAUCUAUCGCUAUAAACCAUCUGAUAUUGACUCUGAGAGGGAAGUUUUCCGAACACCUGGAUUAAGAAUCAAUGAAAGAUUAUCCAAUUUAACUCAUCUUUAUCUAAACUCUGUCGAUAUUCCAACCGAAGGUACAUUUACUUGUGAAGUUGAGAGUCGUGGACCUUCAUUUUAUACAAGAAGAAACUCAAGUGAACUUAGAGUGUAUUCAGUGCCGCAAACAAGAGAUCCCAUUCUAAUUGAAGAUCCACCAUCUCGUAAUUUAAAAAAGAUGGACUUAAUGUGUGUUUCAGCUGCAACUUAUCCCGCCACCAAAUUAUCUUGGUUAAUUAAUGGUCGACUCGCUGAUCAAAGUGAAUUGUCAACUUCAUCUGUGACAACUCAAUCGGAUUUAACAAAGGUUUCUAAAUUAGGAUUAAAGUACAUUGCCCGUAAAGAGGAUCUUCAUCCAGGCUAUCUGAACUUCACUUGUACUGGGUUGAUACAGUUAACUUACCCUGAUACAACUCGAGAUCUUGGUCGAUUUACCAGCUCAUUAACAAUUCGACCUCGUGAAAAGUCCAGAGAAAAGGCUGAAUACACUCAUGAAACCAUGGAUUAUGCUGAUGAAUCUGUUCCAGCCACGGUCCAUGAAGAGGUUCGUCCUGGUCCUGGUUACAGAGGAGUUCGAGGACAAUCUAAAUUGAAUGCAUCUUCUUCAUUAACUAGCAAUCUUUUCAUUAUUUUAAUCCAUUUGACAAUCAUUUCAAUUGUUGUUGGGAAGUAAUAGUCAACAGAUAUUAACCUUUUUGUUACAUCUCUUAUAUUAUUUGUAAUAUCAAUAAUCAUUCUGGUUUCCUAACUUAUAUUGACUUUUUUUGUAAAAUGUAUUUAAUUGUAUGAUCUAUUAUUGUUUCUCUGGGUUUUCAGCUGAACAAUUAUUCCUAUUAAAGAUUCAAUAAACAUUGUUUGUUAUGA